CGGUCGCCUCCUCUGUUUCGCUCCGGUUCAUCUCGCCAGCCCGUCGCGAUUCCGUUUCGUUUCGGUGCCAACUUUCAUUUUCUGCCUCCGUCCCCGACUAACUGACCACCGCAGUGCAAUCGAUUACUUUCCUCUUUUUCGCUCCGUCCACACUCCGCGGUCCAGGAUUCGCAGCGUCGUCAACUCUGGUGCAUCCGAGUGGCUGGACUUCCAUCACCACCACUACUGGCACUGCUAUCAGCGGUUCUUGCGUGCGUUACUGUCGUCGACGGGUUGUGCCAUCGUCAUCAGCGUCGUCGUGGAAGUUUGUGCGUGAAAAAAGUACACUCCCGCCGUCCUCGUGGUCCGGUCGGUCCAUCGGCUCUGCUAACAGUCGUCAACCCUUCGGUAUAGUGUCGGAAGUUCAAAGGGCCCAUAGCACCGCCAUAACCACCGCCAGCAGUGACGUGUACCAAGCAGGCCAAUCCAAAAUGAAGUCCUCCAGCAAACCCAAAUUUCAACGACUGCCGACCAAUGUGUUACCGGAGCACUACGAGCUAUCGCUGAAGCCGGACCUGACGGCGCUUACCUUCGAAGGAACCAGCACAGUGCAGCUGAAGGUAAACAGCCCGACGAAUCGCAUUACGCUGAAUGCGCUCGACUUGAAGAUCCUGAAGGCGACGGUGACGUUCGGUGACGGUUCGCCCGACCCCAUCGCGGCGAAGGACAUCGAGUUCGAUGCGGGCCAGGAGACGGCGUGCUUCGUGUUUCCCGCGGAAAUCCCGGCCGGAGCGGCCUCGCUAGCGGUCGAGUUUACCGGGGAGCUGAACGACAAGAUGAAGGGGUUCUACCGGAGCAAGUACUUCACGGCGGCCGGCGAAGAACGGUACGCGGGUGUGACGCAGUUCGAGGCGACCGAGGCCCGCCUGUGCUUUCCGUGUUGGGACGAGCCGGCCCUAAAGGCCACGUUCGACAUCACGCUCACGGUGCCGCGGGACCGGGUGGCACUCUCGAACAUGCCGGUGCGCCAGGAAACCACCUCCGAAGAUGGGUCGCUGCGGGUGCUCCACUUCGACCGGACGCCCAUCAUGUCGACCUAUCUGGUGGCGGUAGUGGUCGGUGAAUACGAUUACGUCGAGGACACGUCGGCUGACGGAGUGCUGGUCCGCGUGUACACGCCGGUCGGGAAGCGCGAACAGGGCCGCUUCGCGCUGGACGUCGCGACGAAGGUGCUGCCGUAUUACAAGGACUACUUCAACAUUGCGUACCCGCUGCCCAAGAUGGAUCUGAUUGCCAUUUCCGACUUUUCCGCCGGUGCGAUGGAGAACUGGGGCCUGAUCACGUACCGCGAAACGUUCGUGCUGGUAGACCCGGAAAAUACGUCGCUCAUCCGGAAGCAGUCGAUCGCGCUGACGGUUGGGCACGAGAUCGCGCACCAGUGGUUCGGCAACCUGGUGACGAUGGAAUGGUGGACGCACCUGUGGCUGAACGAGGGCUACGCUUCGUUCGUGGAGUUCCUGUGCGUGGAUCACCUGUUCCCGGCGUACGACAUUUGGACGCAGUUCGUGACCGACAUGUACACGCGCGCCCUCGAGCUCGACUGCCUGCGGAACUCGCACCCGAUCGAGGUGCCGGUCGGGCACCCGUCCGAGAUCGACGAAAUCUUCGACGAGAUCAGCUACGACAAGGGCGCUAGCGUGAUCCGCAUGCUGCACCACUACCUGGGAGACGAGGACUUCCGGCGCGGCAUGCAUAUCUACCUGACGCGCCACCAGUACCGCAACACGAGCACCGAGGACCUGUGGAAUGCGCUGCAGGAAGCGAGCAGCAAACCGGUCGGGGCCGUCAUGUCGACGUGGAUCAAGCAGAUGGGCUUUCCGGUGGUGCGUGUCCUUUCGUCGCGCCAGCUUGCGGCCACCGACGGGAAGCCGGCGGGCCGCGUGUUGCGCAUUGCACAGGAAAAGUUCUGCGCCGACGGGUGUCAGCCGGCCGAGCCGUUCCGCUGGAUGAUUCCGGUCAACGUGUCGACGGCCAAGGCGGCUAACGCCGUGUCGACGAUGCUCGAUGGUGAUACGGUCGAGAUUACGGUUGACGGGGUCGCGGAGGACGAUUGGGUGAAGAUCAACCCGGGCACCGUCGGCUACUAUCGGACGCAGUACCCGGCCGAGAUGCUGGAACAGUUCCUUCCGGCCAUCAAGGACAUGUCGCUGCCACCGCUCGAUCGUCUCGGGCUGAUCGACGACCUCUUUGCGCUGGUGCAGGCCGGCAAAAGCUCCACCGUCGAUGCACUCAAAGUGAUCGACGCGUAUCGCAACGAAAGCAACUACACCGUCUGGUCGUCGAUCACGAACUGUCUGGCAAAGUUGCAGCUCCUGUUGGCUCACACGCCGAUCGAGCAGGAGUUUAACGCGUACGGUGUGAGACUGUACCGGCCGGUGGCCGAGAGCCUCGGUUGGGAGGUUAAGGAGGGGGAAAGCCAUCUCGACACGCUGCUCCGAUCGCUUGUCCUCAGCCGGAUGGUGUCGUUCCGGUGUCCGAAAACCGUUGCCGAAGCGAAACGAAGAUUCCAGGAGCACGCGGAGGGCAAGUGCGUUCUGCCGGCCGAUCUGCGCAGCUCGUGCUAUAAGGCGGUCCUCCAGAACGGCGACCUGGAAACGUACAACGAGAUGCUGCGCCUCUACCGGGCGACGGAUUUGCACGAGGAAAAGGAUCGCAUCUCGCGGGCCCUCGGCUCGAUCGGCAACGUCGACAUCCUGCGCAAGGUGAUCGAUUUUGCGAUGUCGGACGAGGUGCGCGCUCAGGACUCGGUCUUUGUGAUCGUGUCGGUGGCGAUGAAUCCGCGCGGCCGCGACAUCAGCUGGGACUACUUCCGGGAGCGCUGGCAGGUGCUGCUCAACCAGUACGAGGGAGGCUUCCUGCUCGCCCGGCUGAUCAAAUACCUGACGGAGAACUUCUCGACCGAGGAGCGGGCCCAGGAGGUGGAACAGUUCUUCCGCGAGCACGAGUUCGCCGGCACCGAGCGUACCGUGUCGCAAUCGAUCGAAACGAUUCGCCUCAACGCGAACUGGUUGCGGCGCGAUCUCGACACCAUUACCGCCUACCUGAAGCAACAGCAGUAAUCCAUCGGCCGCGAUGGGUUGCUACAAUCGCGAUCACCAAAAUGCCCCUCAACCGUGUGCCAUCGUCUUCAGGAACGGGGUCCAGGGUGGGACAAAAUCCGGAUCCUAGCCCCGCAGCAGGGGCUGUAGCCAGAGAUGCAAUCGCCCGGACUCGGCACGGCAAACAGUAAUAGGCUCUUGUGUAUGUGUGGAAGCGGUGCUUCCCCCGUGUGAAUAUGCGUUGUGUGCAUGCGUGUGUUUAGUGCAUUUUCGCACAAUGGUUUUCUGUUUUGUUACUUCGUUUGUUAUCUUAGAGAAUAAUUUAGAUUGCGUAGUGUAACGGUCGGCGACCGGAACCGAUUAAAAGCGCGUACCAUUUACAGGCAUGUGCAGAAGCGCGCGUUCCUUUUUCUAGUUCGUUUCCCUUUUUGUUGCUUGUUUAUUUCGUUUGGCUUUUGCGUUCCAGAAGAAAUUGUGUACUGUUUCGUGCCUUUAUCGUUACUUUUUCCUUUUCACUGCAUUGCAUUUAAACCAAAGUACGCACGGUUGAUACGCGCUCGUCGAAACAAGAAGAAAUGUAGAUCGUAAGCUAGGAAGCAGGAACGACAAGAUUGGCCCCUUCGUUGCGACAAAACACUGACCGCGAUCCUCCUCGGGAUUGUUGCCUUUACUCCCUAUUUAUGUGUGUCCCUGCGUACGAGACGGCACUGAUAAGCAACACCAAAAGUACGCAAAAUCAUAAAUACGACGCCUUUGCGCUGCUAUGAAAAUAUACAACCGAGGACAAUUAUCACAUGAAAGCUCCCCGGAAAACGGAAACAAACGCAGUACACCCUAAGUUUGUAUUUUAACGAGCAAUAAAAAUA